AUGUUCGCGGCCGGCGACGACGACAACAACCCGUGUGGCUUUGUGCAAGGUCGCGACGACGACUAUGACAUGGCGCUGCAUGUUGGCGCCAUCUUUAUCAUCCUCGCCGUCUCGCUCAUGGGGUCGCUGCUGCCCGUCGUCUCCAAGCACCUCGCGUGUCUCCAGCAAAUGGCCACAAUCAUGUCGUUUGUCAACGCGUUUGGUGUCGGGGUUGUUGUGUCGACAGCGCUCGUGCACAUGCUUCCGCCAGCCAACGACGCACUCAACAAUGAGUGCCUCGGCCUCUCGUACCCGGGCUUGGCCAACGUCAUUGCGGUCGUAGCGAUUCUCUUGCUGCAGUGUCUUCAGACGGAACUCACGGCGCGAUUUGCUGUUCCGACCUGCGCCACGGACACGGAAGCCCCCACCGCGGACGUCAAGGGCGCCGAGUCGCCGUCGCAGCAGUUUCACAGCCAUGGCCACACGCACGCGCUGUCGACGGUCGCCAGCGAUGCCAAAAGUCGCACGAUUUCCGUCUUGAUUUUUGAACUUGGCGUUGCGAUCCACUCGGUCAUUAUCGGCCUCAACCUCGGUGUCACAUCUGGCACCACAUUUACAACGCUCCUUACGGCUAUCUGCUUUCACCAGUUCUUUGAGGGCGUCGCGGUCGGGUCCUCGGCGCUGCUUGCAUUUGACGAGCUCAAGGCGACGCUGUGGACGGUUUUUGGGUACGCGCUGACGACGCCGCUCGGUAUUGUGAUUGGCAUUGGCGUUUCGACGACGUACUCGCCGACGACUGCGACGGCGCUGUGGGUGCAAGGCUGCCUGGAUGCGCUCGCGGCCGGCAUUUUGAUCUACACGGGCAUUGUCGAGCUGUUGACGAACCAGUACACCAACAACCACGAGUUUCAUACCAAGUCGAGCCGCAGUCGGCUCUUGACGUAUGCAUUUGUGGCCGCCGGUGCCUGCGCCAUGUCGAUUGUCGGCUACUGGACAUGAACAAUUUGGGCGUUAAUAAGUCUUGCUCAAAACAUAACGUAA